AUGACGUGGGACGGGCACCUGAAACUGUCAUAUUCCACCAGCGGUCGAGGCAUUCUUUUCUGCUUCUCUGCAGUGGAGGUGAAACCUUUGAGCUCCCUGCUGAAGCGGCCUGCCUGGCUGGGCGUGUUCGAAGCCUCGACAGAGAAUGGUUGUGAACACGUUCUGAAGUUUGAGCUGAAGAAGACGACCAUGUUGAAGGUUUGCGAGUACUUGAAGCAUCACCGAGAUCAUAGUGUUAGUGAGGUCAUUACUCCACUGCCUAGCAGCGACUUGCGCGACUGUGGGGUAUCUCGCUGGGAUUGCAGCUUUGUCAACAUUGAUGUCGAAGCAUUAUUUGACAUUGGCUUUGCUGCCACAACGUUAGGGAUUCCGAGCCUGGACUUCCUGGUCAAUGCGAAGCUUGCAUGCAUGACGAAUAACAAGAGCGCAGACAAGCUCAGAAGGGAGUACAAAAUGAUUAAUGACUUGCCUGCACAGGAGGAGGCAGAGUUGCGGCGAACUUAUACCGCUCUGCAGAAGCAGCAUGGUGAAGAUGUGGAUGUUGACUUAUCGCAAUUGGCUGCAGCCAGCGUGUUUCACAAUGGCAUGGCAGCUGCCCGGACCCAGCUGGAAAGCAUCAAGAACGGGGAAGACGAAACUCAAGCUUCACAGACACAGCUGAAUCCCAAGAGUUGGCGGUAUGGGAUGUGGUCGGCCGGUGUUAAGAAAGACUGGCAGCUGCUUGCCGAUGCUCCAUAUGAGAUAACCAACGACCGGGAGUUGGUGCAAAAUGCCAUUGUGUCCAGCCAGGGAAGGGCAUUGAAGUAUGCUUCCGUGGAGCUGCGGGCCGAUGAGAACCUGGUGCUGCUGGCGACGUCCUUCUUUGGGACCGCCUUUGCAGACGCCGCCCCGGAAUUGUGGGCGAAUAGGAGAUUCGUUCUCGCCGCCGUUGGGAGCCACGGGGCUGCCUUAGCACAUGCAUCAGAUGCCCUGCAGAGCGACAAGAGCUUCCUCGUGGCGGCGGCGAAAGCUGGCAGCGGUUCUUGCCUACAGGGAGCCAAAGAAAGCUUAAAAUCCGACCGAGACCUGGUUCUGGAGAUGGUGGUGCAUGAUGGAGCAUCUGUCCGAUUUGUGACUGAGGAGCUGCGAAAUGACAAGGCGUUUGCAAUCGAGGCAGUCAAGAGAAAUGGUGCAGCCUUGAAGUUCCUGCUACCAAAGUUCCAAGCAGAUGUGGAGAUUGUGCAAGCUGCUGUGGCGCGAGAUCCACGUGCUGCUUCCCAUGCACAUGCUUCGCGCCGUCGGGAUCUUGGACUUGAAGGAGAGUCUGCGCUGGGGGAGACCCAUCUGGCAAAGGAGUAUGCCGCGCAGGCAGAAGCUGGUCAAGCGAAGGCUCAGAAAGACGAGGUUGUGUCGGUGGCCGGCAUUGGCCAUCGCCAGAUGCCCUGGCAAGAAGCUCUUGGGCAGUUGAACUACACAACCAUGAAGCUCGGCAAGCAAGUCGGCUUUUCGGCCGGAAGCACCAUGAUGGGGAACCUUGGUCAAGGAAAUUACGUUGCAGCAAAUUCAGUGAACGAUAUCUUCCCAGCGCUCAAUCGACCAGAGAUAGACUCCUCUACGAUCAUGUGGGGUGGUGUCGGUGGUGGCAUCGGUAUGCGCUGGGCGAGCUUCGGGUCAAACGACGUCCUGCACUUACUGAAAGCAAGGGAGCAGUGGAAUCCGAUCAGGACGAUGCCACCAAGGCGUGGUGGAAUUGCUGUGAGGUUCGUCUGCGCGAGGAUGCAUCCUCCUCCGCUCGUCAUGCCAUCAAAAUUUGACAGAGAAACACGAGCAAACAUUUUGACGCCUACCGCCGGCAUGAUCAAGCUGGACCGGGACCAUGAUCGAUUGCACAUGGUGUUCUCGAUCUACGCUCGCCAAGUCUUGCUGGCAACUUGUCUGCAGGAGCUACCGCAGGCCGAAUCUGAGGGUGCGAAAGCUGCGGAGGACUGGGAAGGACUGGCAGCGACUAGAGACCGCGAGGCUUUGAAGAACCUCCAGACCGUAGAUCGUCGCCUCUGCCCAAGGCCUCUUCCGCUGAAUAUGGCGAACUCACCCUUGGGUGGUUGGCCAGACCUGCUGAACGAUUCCCAUGAUUUGAAAGCGAAAGGCAAGAUGAAGUCACUGCUGCAGACGGGCACCCAGAUUGUCUUAACCGGUGUCCACGGCAAGAAUGGCAUGACGGGAUCACUGUCCCAAAAGUUCAGUGACGGCAAGUGGAAGGUGCAGAUUGAUGGUGUCGGCAGCGCCAUUCUGCAUGAAGACAGCUUUGAGAUCAGCGAUUCCCUUGCCGGGCAGCGCUCGAUGGUUGAUCAGGUGGUCAAGGACGAGAGGACAGCUCUUCGGCGUGCGAAGAUUCUAGAGAAGCGCAGCCAGUUGCUGGAGAAGAAGGCAGCGAAAAACCAAGCCAUGGAGAAGAUGGUUGCCUUGACUGGCUCAGAGACGGAGAUGAUCUGGAGCCCGGAUGAGGCUUGCUUUUCCUAUUCCAUGCACGUCGGCGAGUCGGGAGGAAUGGUGGUCCAGGGACCUGAUCCCAAGUGGAGGUUAUUGCUCGACGAGAAAGGCUUUGCCAAGAAGGUGCAUUGGCUUCCCGAGCUCUUUGCCGCCGCAGGCAUUUCGGAAAGCAUUGCUGCGGUAGAUAUGUGGGCAACAAGCGCCGUCAUGGCAGAAAGCCAGAUCGCAGCGGGCGAGUCGGGGACCAGGUCGCUCCCAGCAGCUCCGCCGAUUCGAGCAGUCUCCGUGCGGGAGUGGCUCAAGUCUCAACGUCAGGCCCCCGGUUACGGCCCCAUCUCGACGAGCAUGGACACUGCUGAAGAGAGCCUUCUUCCUGAUGCCGAGAAUCACAAGGAGCCGCGAACGUGGAUGCGAGCCAAGUCCCUCGAGCAAGGAGCCAGCAGUGAUCAAGAGACAUUAUUGUCCAGGCUUCCGGGAAGAAGCGAGUCGGCAUCUACGCCGUGGUGGUUGCCUACGCACUCGCCGUCUGGAUCUCCGCACAAGGACAGCAGCCUUCUAAGUGUGGAAAGGUACAACAGCUCCCAAAACGGGCGCCACAGCUCGUCCUUGCCACGAUCUUUGAGACCUUGGGUGCCUGGAGCCAUGCCAGACCCCGCAAGAAGGCCGCUCUCGCAGUCUUCCGAGGAGAGAUCUCCCGCUACUGCUACUGCAGGACAGGAACUCGACAGCAGCAAGCGGGAAGUUGAAAUGGAUGCUGGGGCCGUUGCAGCGAUCGAAGCUCCUUCGCCAUGGUCUCGUCCGGACAAGGCUAUCUGGGGUCGAUGCGACAGCAUCACGGAUGAUCGCAUGCUGCGUCCUGCAUCCUCGCCAGUUGUGGACUCUGUGACCGAGGUGAUAGAGCUGGAACACGACUUCUAUUCCAUCUCCUUGACGCCGCAGGUGCCUUGUUGGGCUGCGAUCUGCGCGCCACUUGCAUCUUGCAUUGCCCAGCUUUUGGUGCUGUAUUUCUUGGCCUACCAGAACGAGACAAUGUUCGAGGGUGGCAAGUGGAAGCAGCCUAUAUCCUCCUACUGGAGUCUCAACACGAUGAAGAUGAUUUCAAUCAUGCUGUCUCUCUUCAAGGUGUCCAUAGAACUUGGCCAUGCGCAGCGUCUCUGCAGAUGUCUUGUGGUCGGAGCUUUUGCUGAGGGCUUUCGGCCUGUUGUGGGCUGGUGGGCCCUUGCGCUGCAGUACUUCAUGGCGCUGUUGGUACUGUUCGUGUCUCUCUCGGUUGUCCUCGGCUCAACGUCUUGUGUCGGCUGCUUCUUGAAGAUCUUCAGCGUGUUCAUCAUCGUAGACAUGGACAAUCUAGCAGCAGGGUUUGUCGAUGGAAUGACGUACUUGGACUUUCGAGUGGAAGUUUCCCCGGAACGCCUUCAGGCUUUCAAGAGGCGACAUGGUGGAAUAUGCCGAUGUCUGUCCAUCAGAGCGAUUUUCAUGUUCAUGCCCGUGACCCUGAUCCUCUUGUCCCUGGCUAUGUCAAUUUACUUCAACACGAUUCCACUGACGCUCCUGUCGUUUGGAAAAGUCAGCAACGAAGAUCCGCCAAAGAUGCUCGUCGAUGACGGCACUUGUGUAGCGCAGCUCGUCCACCACAAAGGACAGGGCUUGUCAGCAAACGUUUCUGUGCUGCUCCUUGCAGCCCUGGAUGCAGACAGUGACAAAGCGCUGGCACCCAGAUUGCACUGGGUGGCCCUGGAGUAUGCUGCGCAGCCGGUUACUCCUUCUUCGCUGCAGGUCAUGAGAGGAAACGAUGCAAACAACAAUGGUGUCUUCAAGAGCCAGGCGUACCACUGGCUAGAAGCACGUGGCUUCUCCCCGCAUGUCUACAGCAACUUGCUCAAGCGGGAGAAACUGUACAAGACCUUUCAGCCGUUUGAAGCCACGUUCCUGAUCCCUGGCAUACAGGAAGAUGCGCCGGCAAGCUACACACCAUCAACCUACAUGGUGUACGUCACGGCGCAGAAUCCUUUGAGUAACGCUUUGGCGGCGAAACCUGCCAUGGCCAGCUUGCUGAUACCUGCGUGCGCACACUUCUGCACCUCCUGCGAACUUGCGGGGCCCCGACUUUGUGACGAGGGCAAGUGCAUAGAAGGUACCCAUUUUCACUUGGGUAAAUGCUACCCGUGUGCCAAGGAUUGUGACAAAUGCGAGCUGAAUGCCCUCGGGCACAACAUGUCCGAUUCGGAAUCCAUCGGAUGUGACAACGGGGGCUGCAAAGAGGGCUUUGGGCUGAAGCACGGCAGGUGUCAGCCAUGCAAGGAUGCAAAUUGUUCACGAUGCUUGGAUGAGGAUCUGGAUGUGUGCGUGGAGUGCAAGCAUGGCUUGAGCAUUAAUUUCAACGGCAGCUGCCAGACGUGUGGUGGCCCGCAUUGCAGGAGAUGUUUGGAGAACGGUGGAUGCGACAGUUGUGAGCAUGGAUGGGGUCCGGCUGAAAAUGCCACAUGUGCGGAGUGCGUGGAUGGCUGCCGCGAAUGUCCUUUUUCUCACACAGAAUGCACCGCAUGCCAGCUUGGAUAUGUUCUUCAACACUGGAAGUGCCAUCCCUGUCUUCAGAACUGUCGCAACUGUUCGUCCAGUGGCUUGCAUGGCUGCGAUGACUGCAUUGCCGGCUUUGGUUUGGACAAAAUUACCAUGGAGUGUACAGCCUGCCAGGUGGAGAACUGCCUGGGUUGUGAUGGAGAACCCUGGCGGUGCAGUCGUUGUCGGAAAGGAUUUGGUGUUACCUCAUCAGGUCUGUGCCAAGACUGUGGAGAGUUCUGUGCCGAAUGUGUUUCGAUCGACGAUUGCAAAGUUUGCCACACUGGAUGGGUCGCCCGUGACGGGAGGUGCCUUGGCUGCGCUGAUCGUUGCAGCAGCUGCAACAAAGCCGGCCCAGCAAAGUGCGACCGGUGUUUCCAAGGGUUCCAGCUCAACUCCGAGGAGACCUGCGAGAGACGAGUGAGCUUCUGA